UCUGCAAUUUAAUUUUUUUUCCCCAAUUCUUACUACUCAAAGAACAAUUUUUUGUCUACUAAUCGGAGAUUGUGAUCUCGCCGGCUAAGUAUGUUGUCAAAUCCAUUGAAAUCAGUAGUGGGUUCACUUCCCACAGUGUCAGAACCAAAUGGCUCUCAACCAAGAUCGGCACCUUCAUUAGCAAUGUUGAAGUUGAACAAAACUAUCUUUUCUCCUCUUCAGUUGACAGGCAACGGAAAGGAGUUACCUCGGCAGGAGACAACCUCAACUGCUGUUUCAAGAAGAGAAUUGAUAGGUUUGGCAGCUACAACAUUAGGUGGACUUGCCCUUUUGGCUGCAGAACCUGCAGAGGCACUUGAAGUAGCUGAUAUUGGGGAUUCAAUCAAGGAGCUGUUUGGAUUUUUCAAAGGCAAACCAAAAACUGGAGCUGACAACGAAAAGAAACCAAAUAGCGGAACUGAUGAUAAGAAGCCAAAAAUGGAAGGCCAUGGAAACAAACCAAAGAUUGAAGCUGAUGAAAAGAAGUCAAAAGUUGAAAUCCAUGGAAACAAACCAAAGGUUGAAGUUGAUGAAAAGAAAACCAAAAACAGAGAUGAUACCAAGGCAUCAGCCCCUCAUCACUCAGAGAAGGAAAAAGUAUCAUCUUCUUCUGCUGCUACAGCAAUCCUUCCCAACAUUUUGAAUAACACAGUUCCCUAAUUUCUCAUUUAGAAAUGCUGUUGUGCUCAGAUACAUUUUCAAGAAACUUGACAGACUUUUUGGAUCCUACAAUUCACUGUUGCUAAAACUCAUGUCUAAAUGAAACCUUAGACAUCAAUGAGUUAAAUGUCAAGACUAUUGAGUGUUUUCAGUUCAAA